UGUAGAAGCAGCCGCUGGAGAGACGAGAAGGGCCCUACUACACUCCUUCCUGAGGACUCCUUUCCACAGGUCAAGUCCUACCUGUCACUCUGCCAACAGGCAAGACCCCAUUCAGCCAUCCUAACAGAGUUUUUUUUGGCAAGUCACAAAAACUAAACCUGGCUAGUUCAAUGGAAGAGGACUUUACUGGAAUAAUAAUAGUCCAGCACUGAGCCCAAAGCAGAUGAUCAGUGGAUAUCUGUGGGUAGAUCACCUCCCAAGGCAUCUUCCAGCACUUAAUGUGCUCUGACUACUUCCAAGGAACUUCUCAUGGAGACACAGAAGACAAAUUUAUACCUAUCCCUUUUUGGAGUUGGGCCCCGUGAACCCAAGGUUUUAAGUUAUGAAUUGUGAAGUGCGAAGUUAUUGCAAAAGGGAAACACAAGCCUUCAAACACAGAUGCUGGAAAUUGGAGAGGCUCCCAGAAGCCAUCUGCUCCCAUCUCCUGCCCUAUGCGGGCAUGGCAGAGCGGGCUAAUCAGGAACCAACCCAUCCCCUCUCUUCCCUGGGCUGUGACCCAGACAUUGCCAUAAGAGAUGAUGAUGGCCUUUCAGCCAGCAGCGUGUGAGCAGAGUCCACGUGUCCUUCUGCCAGAUAGGUCACAGAUAGCACCGUGACCUAAUCAGCCACCUAUUGAAGAGGAUGGAGCCACCGGAUGAACGUGGCUCCACUGCAUUCCUGAACCACUCCCUGUGAAGAGCUGCCUACCAUCAGGAGCACCCAGUUGAGACUUCACAGAAGCCUGAAUAACUCCGUCUCGUGAUUGAACCAUCACAUAGCAACUCAAGAACACAAGAUGAACUCAAGAACUCAAGAUGGACUCAAGAAUAGGGACAGCGGUUGGACCCAGAAUCAGUGCCGGGCAAGUUGCCUCUCCCCCUAAAUCUGGGGGCUCACUCCAGCAGUCCCUGCGCAUCAGAGGCGAGCCGGCAAGCGGCUCGGUGGAGACAGGAGACGUGCUGCCGGGCUGGGCGGCCCGCGGAGAUGACUUCUGGCCCGGAAGGCGCUUCGGGAAAGCCGACCACGGGGGCAGCAAAGUUUCGGGGCAGCUGAGGAGCCUUGGCCGCAGCCCUUCCAGCCCAAUCACCCCCCUGGCUAUGGAGGGCGGACUCUAAGAUGAAUCCCGACCUGGACCCCGGCCACAACACAUCAGCACCUGCCCACUGGGGAGAAUUGAAAGAUGCCAACUUCACUGGCCCCAACCAGACCUCGAGCAACUCGUCGCUGCCCCAACUGGACAUCACCAGGGCCAUCUCCGUGGGCCUGGUGCUGGGCGCCUUCAUCCUCUUUGCCAUCGUGGGCAACAUCCUAGUCAUCCUGUCUGUGGCCUGCAACCGGCACCUGCGGACGCCCACCAACUACUUCAUCGUCAACCUGGCCAUCGCCGACCUGCUGCUGAGCUUCACUGUGCUGCCUUUCUCCGCUACCCUGGAGGUGCUGGGCUACUGGGUGCUGGGGCGGAUCUUCUGUGACAUCUGGGCGGCCGUGGACGUCCUCUGCUGCACAGCCUCCAUCCUGAGCCUGUGCGCCAUCUCCAUCGAUCGCUACAUUGGGGUGCGCUACUCCCUGCAGUAUCCCACGCUGGUAACCCGCAGGAAGGCCAUCUUAGCGCUCCUCAGUGUCUGGGUCUUGUCCACGGUCAUCUCCAUCGGGCCCCUUCUGGGGUGGAAGGAGCCAGCACCCAAUGAUGACAAGGAAUGCGGGGUCACCGAAGAACCCUUCUACGCCCUCUUCUCUUCCCUGGGCUCCUUCUACAUCCCGCUGGCCGUCAUUCUGGUCAUGUACUGCCGCGUCUACGUCGUGGCCAAGAGGACCACCAAGAACCUGGAGGCCGGAGUCAUGAAGGAGAUGUCCAACUCCAAGGAGCUGACCCUGAGGAUCCACUCCAAGAACUUUCAUGAGGACACGCUCAGCAGUACCAAGGCCAAGGGCCACAACCCCAGGAGUUCCAUAGCUGUCAAACUUUUUAAGUUCUCCAGGGAGAAGAAAGCAGCCAAGACCUUGGGCAUUGUGGUCGGUAUGUUCAUCUUAUGCUGGCUACCCUUCUUCAUCGCGCUGCCACUGGGCUCCCUGUUCUCCACCCUGAAGCCCCCCGACGCCGUGUUCAAGGUGGUGUUCUGGCUGGGUUACUUCAACAGCUGCCUCAACCCCAUCAUCUACCCGUGCUCCAGCAAGGAGUUCAAGCGCGCCUUCCUGCGCAUCCUGGGGUGCCAGUGCCGCGGCCGCAGGCGCCGUCGCCGCCGGCGCCGCCUGGGGGGCUGCGCCUACACCUACCGGCCGUGGACGCGCGGCGGCUCGCUGGAGCGCUCGCAGUCGCGCAAGGACUCGCUGGACGACAACGGCAGCUGCAUGAGCGGCAGCCAGCGGACCCUGCCCUCCGCCUCGCCCAGCCCGGGCUACCUGGGCCGCGGGGCGCCGCCGCCGGUGGAGCUGUGCGCCUUCCCGGAGUGGAGAGCGCCCGGCGCGCUCCUGAGCCUGCCCGCGCCCGAGCCCCCCGGCCGCCGCGGCCGCCACGACUCGGGCCCGCUCUUCACCUUCCAGCUCCUGGCCGACCCCGAGAGCCCGAGCACCGACGGCGGCGCCGGCCACGGGGACUGCGAGGCGGCGGCCGACGUGGCCAACGGGCAGCCGGGCUUCAAAAGCAACAUGCCCCUGGCGCCCGGGCACUUGUAGGGCCCCCAGCGCGCCGGCCUGACCCGGGGAGGAAAUCCACGUGGGGGG